AUGGACAUGAAUGACAAGCUAGUCAAACAUAUGCUCAGUUCUAACACAGAAAACAAACUAGAGGACAAGGUUACAAAGGAGGAAACUGAUGGAUCAACCACAGAUCCCAAGUCUGAAGACAAAGAGAGCUCAGACAAUAAUGCUUACAAUAAUAAUGAUUCAGAGAGUGAGGAGGCUAAGGUUAAGGAAGAGGCUCAAGCUAAGGUAAAGAAGGAGAAGGAGAGGGGAAAGGAGAAGGAGAAAGAGAGGGAGAGGGAGAAGGAGAAGGAGAAGGAGAAGGAGAAGGAGAAGGAGAAGGCUACAGCCUUAGUACAGUCAGUAACAAAGCAGAAGGAUAAGAAGGAAAAGGAGGGGUCUAAAGAGCCAGUACUAGUGCUCCUGAGCAAGAAGUACACUAUUGUAGAGGUAGAGAUUCUGGUCUUUAGUAAGGAAACACACACAAAAAACCAGAAGGUUGUGGUAGAGUCUUCAAGCAAGGAGGAUGAGGAUAUCCCUCCAGAUUAG